AUGUCUGCCAAAAUUGUGAUCUGCCUAGCCAUCUGUGCCUUGAGCUCCGUAGUGUCAGCUGGAGUCAUCCCAGUCGCUGCUCCUUUCGCGGCAGCGGGCGUGGUGGCCCCAUACGCAACCUCCUACAAUGCGCACACCGUAAAUCACGCUAUCGCUGCGCCAUACGUUGCUGCUGCUCCAGUGGUUGCCCCGGCUGCUAAGCUCGUAGCUGCUCCAGCGGCAGUUGCCCCCGCUUCGCUUGCAUACAGCGCAUACACUGGACUACCGGCAUUCGGUGCCUACUCGGCGUACAGCGGAUUUCCCGCCAGCUAUGUAGUCUAA